AUGCUAUGCUAUGCUACGUUGUUUCGGUACUUCACUGUGUCAUGUGCGAUUGGCCCACUCUUCGUAAAUGGCUGCAGCGAAGAAGCUCUGGCAUCACCCCGAACACACUGUGUCUACUCUUGUGGCAUCCUUUUGCUGCUGCAUGGUCUGAAAAUGCUUCUGCCGUGCCUCGCUAUCCCUGGAAUGUUCUUUCAUUUCUUUUCUGGCGGGAUGGAACUUGGGUCCCAAGUCGAUCCUCGCGGAGGAUCGGCGUCAGGAGAACGAAAACCUGGUUUCAGUUGUGAGCUUCCCGAAUGGGACUCUUGA